AUGGAAGUGAUCAACAAGAUGGUAACAAUAUUGCCAAAUAUGCAAGUAUUGAAGGAAACCAAGACAUUAGAAGGCAGACGUCCAAAGAAUGACCAAAGCGAAAACUUGAACACAUUGCUCCACGAAACAGAGACAUAUUUGAAGGAUACUCCCGCAUCGGCUCAAGAAGAUGAACACGUCAUUAAGCUUAGUCAAGAGUUGCAACAGUACAAGUUAACAAUGGCUGAAACAGUACAAAUACUGAAUUUACGACCGUCCAGCGGUGUUGAGGUUCAGUUAGUAGUUGAAGAAUGCGAAGAACGAAUAAGAACCGAGGAACAACUUGAAGCUUUAGUGAAGAUAAUUAUCGAAGGAUUGCCUUUAACUCAACCUAGCAAACCAGCUCAAAGAAUCGAUGAGGCAGGACGAGGUCCCGUUCUUGGACCAAUGGUUUAUGGGUGCGCGGUAUCACCUUUAGAUCGCGACGAAGAGCUAGGAAAUUUAGGUUUUGCGGAUUCGAAAGUUUUGACCGAAGAGAGGCGUGAAGAGCUUUUUGAUCACAUGAACCAAAACGAAGAAACAAAAAAAGUCGUUGCUUGGGCAGUCAGAAGUUUGUCAGCACAAUACAUCAGUGUUUCAAUGCUUCGGAGAAACAAGAUAUCACUGAACGAGCUCUCACAUAAUGCAGCGAUUCAACUGAUACAUGAUGCUCUGGCGGCAAAAAUUAAUAUCGUUGAGAUUUUUGUUGAUACAGUCGGUCCCAAAGCUUCCUAUCAAGCCAAACUUGAGCGAAUUUUUCCUGGAAUAUCGAUCGUUGUUUCCGAAAAAGCUGACUCAAAGUUUGCAAUUGUUUCAGCGGCAUCAAUUGCGGCAAAGGUAACACGUGAUCGUCGUUUACGGGCUUGGCAAUUUCGGGAAAACAAUAUUUUAGUAUCAAAUGACGGUUUUGGAAGCGGAUACCCUGGGGAUCCCAACACCAAAAAGUUUUUGGCUGGAGGUGCCGAUCCAGUGUUUGGUUUUAGCUCAUUGGUUCGCUUCAGCUGGAAGACGGCCGACGUUAUUGUGGACAAAAAGUGCAUAAAAGCUAGCUGGGAAGAAGAAACUACACAAUCAUCAUUAAAGAAUUUUUUGCGAACAGAGAGCAAUGAUCUACCCACUGUUCGCCAUCAAUUCUUCCAAGACCGAAAUCUUCGUUAUACGAGUGCUUUU